GCAAGACUUAUACUACCAGCUCGGUGACCCGAACCCUCAUAUUCGGGAAGAAGCGGCCUUGAAUAUAGUUCAUGACCUGAAGGCUGAUAUAAAUAAUGCCGAUACUCAUUAUACCUUAAAACGGCUUGUGAGGGGAUGUGGUAGUUCACGAGCAAUGUGCCGACAUGGCUUUGCAGCAGCAUUAGGAUUAGCAACGGCUAAGUUAGUAGAGGCUAAUAAUAAUGAUACUCAGAGUACCUUAUCUCAUCUAUUAUUCUUGGUUAAGGAUAAUACAGCUGGUAUGAAGAAGGUUGGGGAAGGUAUUGAUGGUCUCCUAGCUAGGGCAGUAGCAUUGGCAGCUAUAGUAGAAGGUGGGGUUGUUACUACGAUGGAAGGGGCUGAAGAGGUGGCGGCUAUGGCAUGGGAACUAUUCGAUGCUUCUAAGAAACAGAGUAUGAUAAGAUUACUUGCUGCUAGGGUUAUAGUACUACUCACCAAUAAGGGGAAGUUCCAGCUGAAGUCGGUCACAUCCCGGACCACUACGGCAUCUUCCGGAGACAUAAACCCCGCGGUGGUUCAAGUCCCCGCCUUGGCAUAUGUAUAUUUCUCUACGAGGCCCGAUUCCUUCCGAUUAUCGAAGGUGGAGACGAUAAAGUCAAUAGUGUCUACACUAUCUAAGACCACUACAGAUUUUCCCUCACCAUCCUACCACCCUGCAUGGGAGCCUCUAUUAGAGCACACCGAUGGUGCUAUAGCUGGCCAGGCUAUCUGUACCUCCUUUAUUGGUGGCAACCUUGGUGAGAAGGCCCUAAUGCUACGUCUCUUUUUUGGUUUGGGUAAGUUCUUUGGCCCAUGGCCUAAGGAGGCUGUAGAGCUCCUGUUGAACUCACAGCAGAAGGAUCUACGUAAAACACAGGAGGCCUGCUUAGAAAGGAUGGCUUAUUAUUUCGGCACCAAUGGCUCUCUAGUUGGCAAGCUCGAUGAUGAUGCCCGUAAUGAUCUCCUCAUGUCUGGUAUCAAACGUUGUAUCCCUGGCAUGCCUGGUGUGGUUACUACACGUAUCUUAUCUAUCUGUGUAAGGCCACUAGGUCAACAAGGUGUAUCCUCUCUAGUUAGUAAUAUGAUACCAUUAGCAUCCACUAAUCGUUGGGCACAAGAACGUCUAUGUAAUGCUGUAUCCCAUCCUAGUGCCACUGAGGAUGCUAUCAAAUCAGCCCUAGAGGAGCUCCUCAAGGAGGGUCCUGCUGCUGCCCUAGCACUACGUAAGGCACUUACUACCCUUAGUCAUAGGCCUACUGGUGAUUGGGCUUCAGUGGCCUUUCAGUGUGUUAGGGAUGCAUCCUCCUUGACUGAGGAUAACGAUAAGUUGGCUAAGAGGGUCCUAAAGACGAUUAAGAAGUCGGACCAUAAGGAAGCUAUUGGACCAUGGUUGAAGUGGCAGUGGAUCAAUGUAGCCGCUCCUGGUGGUGAUGAUGGGGAUGAGCAGGAAGCCCUUGAUAACCUGGAUGGUGCUAUUGGAGCUGCCGAUGAGUUUGAUGCUCUAGUCGGUGCCUUGCCUGAUCUCUAUGGUGAGAGUAAGAACAUUGUACGGUACUCAACGGGUAGGUUAUGGCAAUAUCUAGUCAAGGAGGGGUAUGUAUCAUGGGCUGAUGCUGAUGAGAUGGUUAAGGAUGUAUGUGGAGAGAGUGAAGAGGAGGAAGUGGGUGGCGAGGGUGAUGAUGAUGAUGAUCUUGAUGAUGAGAAUGAUGACAAGCCCUUCCUGCCUCCUAUUAUACCUGCUAAUAAUGGUGAUACUGAUGAUAUUGUUAUGGAGGAUGAGGAUGAUCUAUUGGCUAUGCUAAAUGAUGAGGAUGCUGAGAGGGCAGCUCAAGCCUUCAUUCAACAACAAGGGAAGAGUGCUGGUGCUAAGCAUGAACGUGGUAAGGAGGCUAAGGUUGUUAUAAUGAGGAAGAUCCAUCGUGUUGACUUAUUGGAGAUAUGGGUUACUACCACUACUACUGGUAGUGUGGCCGAGAGGCUAGAUGUUGUUACCCGUAUACUAGCUUAUGCUGGUCGUAUGAGGAUCAAUAAGAAGUCGAAGGAGAGUGGUGGUGAUGGUGGCCUUAAUGAGGCUAAGAUGGAACUAAGGAAUAGGCUCAUAGGUAUGGUCAGACGGUUCCGUACGGCAAAGCAGCCUUUGGAGGAAGCUCCUAGUGAGGAGGUUAUCACCAAAUUGGUGUAUUUCCUACCAGACAAGGAGGCCCCUAUACAGCAGGAAUGUGCUCAUCUUAUAGCUUAUCUAUCUCGGUCUGAUCCUCAUGCUACUGCUAAGGUCCUAACCAAGUUAAUGAAGGAGUGGUGUAGCGGUGGUAAGUAUUCUAUCCAUACUAGUGCAUGGGAAAGUCUAUCAUGGCCAUUAUUGGCUAAGGUAGAGUGGAAUACUGUUGUGGCUAGCACUAAUGAUGUCCCUGCUAAGGGAUAUGUUCUCCGUGAGCUCCUAGCUGUACUACAUCGCUUGGCCAAGUCUAAACAGCUCGAAUGCUGUCCUCAGCUGGACGAGGUUGUAUAUAGAGUCGUGGGUGCAGUAGCUGAUAAGUGGUCUAAUGGUACUCUAGGGCGUAGUAGAGGCCAGAUAGCAAUUAGGGCUAUCCAGGCCCUUAUUGCUGUUGGUGGGCAGCAGCGAUGGGAUGCUGCUGUUAUACAGUGGUUAGAGGAUCUUAAGAAGCAAACUGCUUUGGGUACUGUUAGUAAACUAGCUGCUACUGCUCUGGCUGCUAGGGUAGAUGCUGAAAAUAAGAAGAAGAGGUCCAGGGAAGAGGAAGAUGAGAAGAUGAAGGUUGUCCUCAAUAAGAAGGCUAAGGUAGCUAACUCGGCCGCUACCACUACCACCUCGUCGUCAUCGUAACGUCAUCACUAUAUCCAACGUCACCACUGAGUAUGUUGUAUCUUUAUCAUUAGUAUCGUUCCUCAUUACUCUUGUUGUACUAGUAGUAAUGAUAGUAUUACUAUAGCCGCAUGAGUAGCAGCCUCAUCCUCCUCCUAUACUCUACU